CUACUGCUGGCCUUGCUGACUGUGGCCACCAAAGCCAAGGUGUUCAGCUAGUGCAAGCUGGCUCACGUGCUCCAGGAAGAGGGGCUGGAUGGUUACAGGGGCUACAGCCUUGCUAACUGGCUCUGCAUGGCUUUUUAUAAGAGCACCUUCAACACGGCAGCUCAGAGCAUCAAAGGGGAUGGCAGUGCCCACUACGGCAUCUUCCAGUUCAGCAGCCAGCUGUGGCACACCAGUGACCGCAGACCCUCAGACAAUCACUGCAGGAUGGCUUGCAGGAGCAUGAAAGCACUGCCUCUCCAGGGCCAGCCGCAGAAGAAGCAGCCUGAGGCCUCCCUCUCUGCCCAACUUCACUCCCUGGCCAAAAUGGAGCUGGGGGAUCUGCUAUUUAGUAACAUAACUGAUGACAUAAUCUGUGCCAAAAGAAUUAUGUUAAAUCCACAAGGAAUGAAUGCCUGGGAAGGCUGGGCAAUGCACUUCAGGGGACGAGACCUGUCUGAGUGGGUGGAAGGAUGUGACCUGCGAGAAAGUCCCCAGCUCAGCUCCUCUGCAGCUGAUGGGGCUGCCUCUACUCUUCUGCAAGGGGAGGGCUUCCCCCUUGCUGCACAAUACUUCUCAGUUAGUAUUUGCAAACCAAAUACAUUCAACAAGGUAUAA